AAACAAAGGCAAGGUCUACUAAAAGCUAUUAAACAAGAAUGCUCUUGGGAACCUGCCUGAAAAUUUCAGAUUCCUCCACCUUAUGCAUACACCAGCAUAUUUACCGAAACAACACUGUGCUGAAGUGGAUGGUGAAGAACAUAAAAAGUGCAACAGUGGAACCAUGACAUUUUGCUGUCUUUGAAAUUAAGGGGAAGGAAGAAACCGGGAGGAGGUGAGGAAGAAAAUAACCAAGUACAAUUAGCAUCUUUUGUAUUUUCUUGGAAUUGUCUGGGGAAUUGCACAAUGGAGCUGCCAUCUGAUAGCCCCUCAACUGAGAGGAAAAGGGAGAGGAUGCAAUAACUCCAUCAUCUUCAUCAGACCUCCCAGAAGAGUUCUGCCUGUCAGUGUCAUGAAGAAUAAAGAUGCAACGGAGGAAGACCAAAGAAGAUGACACCUUGAUCACAGAUGAGCAGAAUCCUAAAGAGGCAAAAUAUGGGAGCAUGAAGAAGAGCUCUGAGCCCAGAGCUAAAGAGUAUAAUUAUGGAACGCUAGCCUUAGGUUCCGAGAAGAAGGUCAAGUUGUCCAGUUAUGAAACCCUAACUGACAUGCCUGAGCAGAAUGUGCAGGAUGUCAGCCACUCUGGACAAAAUACACAGGAUGACAAGAGUGGGAAGCAGGCCAUGAACCUUCCUGAUAUCCCACAGUGGACUAAACAAUCAGCCCCAGGCCGUGUUGUGAACAGCACUGCAAACUUCUUCAGUGAUGAGACGUCCAGGAUAGACUUUGUGCUUGUAUGGGAAUCAGAUUGUCAGGAUUUGGAGGGACAAAAUGAAGAGGAGGAGAAUGCAAAACCCAGGCAAAAGAGAUUGAUUGAAAUGCACAGAGUGUGGCGAGAGAAGUUUCUGAAUAAACUCCAGAUGGCAGGUCUCAGAAUGGAAAAGCAUGUGGUCCAGAAUGCAAGGAAGCUGGUGCAUUUUAUCUUGCUGAAUGCUCCCUGGAGUGUACUCUGUUAUUACGCUGAAGAUCUCAGGCUGCGGGUUCCCUUGCAGGUUGUGCCCAAUCAGGCUGUAACAAACUGGUCUCACAGGAUUCUGAAUAAACUGGGCAUUCCUAAUAUGCUCUACGAUGAGGUUCCUGAUGUUCCUAUAGAUUACUACACCUGUCAUUUUAAAGCAAAUAAGUUACCCUGGUUUCUUGGGAGUGAUCACCAUGAGACCUUCUUCAGCAGCACACAACGGCACAGAAUACUGUAUGAAAUCCUCGCCACCACAGCGUACGGUGACCGAAAGGCAGGGCAAGCUGGAAUAGAAAGGCUGCUGAGUGAGGAUGUCUUCACAGCUGCAUUCCCACUACAUGAUGGUCCCUACAAGAUACCGUCAGAGGAGAUGGUCCCUCCUCCAUUGAACCAGAGGCAGAUUCUUUUCCAGUACUGGGCCCAGUGGAGUAAGUGGAAGAAGUACCAGCCUUUGGAUCACAUCCGCAGGUACUUUGGGGAGAAGAUUGCUCUCUACUUUGCCUGGCUUGGUUUCUACACUGGGUGGCUUUUACCAGCAGCUGUAGUGGGGACGCUAGUCUUCAUAAUAGGCAUCUUUAUGAUGUUUGAGGACGUGCCUACGCAGGAAAUCUGUACCAGUGAUGGUAAAUACAAAAUGUGCCCACUUUGCAAAGUCUGUCCUUACUGGAACCUCUCCACCAUCUGCACAAUGUUUCAGGCUGGUCGUCUUUUUGAUCAUGGAGGGACUGUCUUCUUUAGCAUCUUCAUGGCUCUGUGGGCAGUCACCUUCCUAGAGUACUGGAAGCGAAUGAACGCUACCCUGACACACCGCUGGGAUUGCUCAGACUUUAAAGAUACUGAGGAACGUCCACGGCCCCAAUUUACUGCCAUGGCUCCCAUGAUAACCAGAAAUCCCAUUACUGGAGAGGAAGAGCCCUAUUUUCCUAAGAAGAGUCAAUUCAACAGAAUAGUAGCUGGAUCAACGGUCAUCAUCAUGAUGAUUGCGGUGGUGGUGAUGUUUCUAAUUUCCAUCAUCCUUUACCGGGCCAUCAUCGCCAUAGUCAUAUCGAGGUCUGGGAAUUUCCUCAUCGUGUCUUCGGCAUCUCGUAUUGCCAGUAUCACAGGCUCAGUGGUGAACCUCAUUUUCAUCCUCAUCCUCUCCAAAAUUUACAUUGCACUGGCACAGUUCCUGACCAAGUGGGAGAUGCAUCGUACCCAGACCAUGUAUGAAGACGCAUUCACAUUUAAGGUGUUUGUAUUUCAGUUUGUCAAUUUCUACUCUUCUCCCAUCUACAUCGCCUUCUUUAAGGGGAGGUUUGUAGGCUAUCCAGGCCACUAUAACAAAUUGCUUGGCAUUCGCAAUGAGGAUUGUGCUCCAGGUGGCUGCCUCAUCGAACUUGCCCAGGAGCUUCUGAUCAUCAUGGUGGGCAAGCAAAUAAUUAACAACAUACAGGAGAUCCUUAUCCCAAAGUUGAAAACAUGGUGGCAUAAGUGGAAUGGUCUCUCCAUUAGGAACAAAGAAGGCCAGGAAAAGUUCAUGAAGCAGCUCUGGGAGAGUGAUUAUGAAUUGCUGCCCUAUGAGGGGCUCUUUAAUGAAUACCUGGAAAUGGUCAUUCAGUUUGGCUUCGUUACCAUCUUUGUGGCUGCCUGCCCCCUUGCACCUCUGUUUGCCUUGCUCAACAACUGGGUGGAAAUUCGCUUGGAUGCCCAUAAAUUUGUUUGUGAAUACCGGCGUCCAAUUACUGAGCGGGCCCAAGGCAUUGGCAUCUGGUUCCAUAUCCUGGAGGUCAUCACACACUUGGCAGUCAUUAGUAAUGCCUUCCUGAUUGCUUUCACUUCUGAUUUCCUCCCUCGGUUAUAUUACCAGUACACUCAUGCCAGUGAUUUGCAGGGCUACAUUGAUUUUACUCUGGCUUAUGCUCCUAAAUCUUUUGUCUUGGAGCAGAAUAUCACAUGCAGGUACCGAGCCUAUAGAGAACAAAACGGCAGAUAUUCGCUAGCUUAUUGGAAUCUAUUGGCCAUCCGUCUUGGCUUCAUAAUUGUAUUUGAGCAUGUGGUCUUCUUCAUUGCACGUCUGAUAGAUAUGAUGGUGCCUGACAUCCCAGAAGUGGUGGAGAUAAAAGUGAAACGAGAACAGUAUCUAGCUAAACAAGCUCUGGCUGACAACAAGGCCCUCAUUGAUGUAAUAGAUGUGAGAAACCCAGCCCCUCUAGCAGAGAAGACACUAUAGUAGGAAUCAGGACUCAUAAAGAGAUACACCAUGUUUGGUCCAGGCCAAAUUACCAAGCAUCUGGAGAAGCAAGCCUCAUGGGGGAAAGAUGACAAAGUUUAUAUAAUGGUGUUACCUUUCCAAGUGAAGUAUGUUCCAUGUGCCAUACUGUAGAUCAGUACCUGAAACCCUCAUCCAACCACACUUCAAUGUAGCUGGUUCAACACUGUGGUGAAGAAUGUUACAUUGGUGGAAGUAGAAGAUCUACACUGAAACCAAAUUAAUCUAACCAGCAUUGUUAUCAGCUCUGUUGUCAAGUUAAUUAAAUGAGAGCCUCACUAGUCUUUUACCAUCAUAAAAUAGUCUUCAACAGAUAUUUAUGUCUUCAAGUCUAGCAGUGAGUAUACAUUAGCACUACGCUCUACUCCUGUUUAACAACUGAGGAGCAAGAGAAAAAUCUUGUGAAAUAAUGACUGGGUACAAGAAAGUUUCAGAUGUGUUAAGAAUCUAGAACACACAAACAGCUUACAAGAAAGAGAACUCCCUCAACCCUAGUACCUUUGCUGAGUGCACAUUUUUAGUAGUUGUGUAGUCUGUUUAGCAUGUGAUGACCGGCUUAAUACAGAUCAUUGACUGAGAAGGAGACAGAUAACGAGCAGCGCUCUCUCUCUCUCUCUUAACAGCUGUUCAAUAUUUCAGUAGAAAGAUAGGUAGGACUCUUGAAUUGGUGUGACUUGGGUUUUUUUACCUUGCAGUCUGAAGAAAAAUAAAAGAUAACCACUCAAA